UCCGGCUACUGGUUGUCAGUGUAGUUUGCAAAAGGCAUACUCGUAUGCCAUCGGUAGGAGAGUGUUGGUCUAGUCUAUGUAAUGUUUAAUGCUGUGGGUAUGAGUCCGCGAUCAAUACUGACGGCUACGCCGGCUUUCUUCCCUCGAGAAACUCCGAAGAUUUUCGCCGGCGUGUCAGUUUGAGCGAAAUUUAACGCGCUGCGUACCGAGUUGUCGGACUUUGCUGUUUAUAAAUAAAAAAAUUUUCCAGUUGUCAGUCUGUCAAUCAUCGCUAUAUUGAUCUAUAAAGCGGAGCAAUAAGGAGAUUUGAAUAAUUGACGUAAAUAACGCGGCCUCGACGACUACCUCGGCUGAACCGGGUGAACCACCCAGGGGAGGAAGGCAUCAACGAGGGCAUUAAAUCCAAGACAUCGUGCCCUCGUAUCUCUUCACCCUCCUCCCUCACUUUGGUUCGCCACCUCGCAACGAGUUCCGGUCUCACCUCUAAACGUCUAACAAAAAUAAAUCGUAAGAUGACGUCGAAAGUGUUAGUCAAGUUACCCACGGUGCCAUUUUCUCAGGGGAAAAAAUCAACGGAGCUAAUGAGUUUGCCAGCGAGAAAUGACGGGGUUGCAACGCCCUUGCGAUCUCAGCAGGCGGGUAUUAAUGGAGACAGGACACCUCAGUUGGAACAGAAUAUGAAGUUUCUUCAGGAACAACAUCAAGCAACUCUCGUUGCUUUGCAUCAGGAAGUGGAGACUUUGCGGCAACGAAAUCGCGAUUUACAAUUUCAGUUGGUAUUUACCAAAGGCACUGCGUGUACAAAUAGCCCGUCAUCACCAGAAGAUAAUUCGAACGGGUUUGCGAAACCUAAGGGAAGCCCAGUUAGUGUCAAUGUUACUCCUCUGCAGAUUGAACUUCUUGAACGUGAUCUCGAGGAGCUCAGAGUAUCAUUCAGUGACGUUAAGAAACAAAAUGUCCAUCUUCUUGAAAUAAUUGAGCAGCAGAAAUUGAAAUUAGAACAAACGGCAAAGGACAAAGAAAAACUUAAAGUCAAUGAUGCGGCUAUACAAGUGGGAGAAACGACAAAUGCAGUAAAUAGCGAACUGGCAGCGCGUCUAGAGGAUGCAGAGUCAUUGGUAAAGAGAUUGCAGCGUGAGAAUUCAGAUCAGCAGCGUGAAAUAGCAACGAUAAAAGCGUCAUCAGCUAAAAACCCUGGCGGGAAUCGCAGUGGACAUGGACGAGGACGAGGAAAUAACGAAAAUGGUCAUCACAGUCGCGGAUCAUCUGGUGACCCUGGACAGUCCAGUAGAAAUUCUUAUAAAUUUCCUCCGUUAGAAGGUGAAAGUUACUGGCGAAAUGCUGCUCGAGGACGUCCCAGUUACGAUCGUCAAUCAGGACAACAUCACCGUCGCAACCGCAUAGAUAAAGAGGAGAGCGAACCUGACAUGUCCUGUCGUAUUGUUCUGCCAGAAUUACUUAACAGCAACGUAAAACCCGAGAUCCCUUGCUACCCACAAUUUUACCCUCGCUCAUCCCGGGGAUACCACAACGGGGGCGGUGGUAGUGGUGGCGGUAACUAUUACAGGGACAGCGGUAAUCGCAAAUUUCGAGGACAAGGACGUCAAAGAGACCGUCGAGAGCAACAAGACUCGCGAGGCGAUCAUCGUGAUUACCGUGAUAGAAAUUCCAGAGAUCAAUCAAGGGAUUUUAACGACGGCGCACAUAUGUCCAAGAAACAGUAAUGCAUUUUUAAAAAUCGAUGAAUAAUUAUUUGCAUUAUGAUGGUGAUUAUUACUAACAUGAAAAUUAUAUAAAAACAUAUAUGCAUGUUGAUAUACAUGUGGCUUUAAACAGCAGACUUUGUGUUUUAGUUACCACGCAUGAGAAUCCUCGUGUUAAAUAUUUAUAUAUUACGUGUAAAAGAACCGAUUGUCAUAUUAAUAUUAACCCUUUAAUGGAAAAACUCACUAGCGGCAUAUUUACAAUAUUUAAAUUAUUAUUAUUAUUGUUAUUAUUAACGGAAAAAUUAUAAGAUUUUCAUCUCGUAGCUUGGUAACUAUUCAAUACUAAAAUGAGCUACACUCGGGCAUGAUUACAUAAUAAAUAGACGAGUACAUAAUAGCGGUAUUUAAUAUUCGGUAUAAAAAAUAUGAAACCAAAAUAUAAGAAUCAAAUAAAGUGGUAUGUUAUUAUAAAGGUAUUCAAAUAUUGUAUUAGAUGAAUUAAAAUCGGUGUAAUCUAAAUUUUAAUUGUAAUAGAUUUUGAGUGUGAAUGUACCAGACAUCAGACAAAUUUUAAAUUAUUAAUAAAUCGAGUAAAUAAUUAAUAAAAUUAAAUUUUGAAAAAAUGCGCAUUUAAAAAAUUAAAAAAUUAAUAAGUGCAUUUUUUAUCAAUUUUUUUUUUUUAUUAUUUACUCAUUUGUUUAUAAUUUUAAAUCUGUCUGAUGUCUGGUACAUUUACACUCUUAUAGAUUUUCCGUAAUGAGUAAUUUAUUAAAUUAAUUGAUAACAAAUAAAGUAAAACAUAAAAAAAGAACCAGAAAAAAUGUAUACUCUGACAGUUGCUAUAUAACAAGUAGAAAUUGAGACUGAAAUCAUUAUAACUUUGGAGGAUAAAACUAAAUAAAAAUUAAAGGACAAAAAAUUUUAUUAGUAAUUUUUAAAUUAACAUAUUUAUAUUGAUUGUGUAUCAAGCACGGCGCUUAAUAAUAUUGUGAAUUCAAAUCCAGUCAUACUUAUUGUUCAUCGUUCAAUGUUUAAUUGUUUUUGUCAUGCUAAUUAACUGUCAGUUAAAAAUAAAUUUAUUUGUUGAUCAUUUUAAAACGCUUAUUUUAUGUGAGCGGCAUUAAUCUCAGCUUCCAUGAAGGAAAAUACUGAUGCUUAUUGUGAUAAUUUUUUUCUUGACAUUUAAAAUUAUUUUAUUGUUCUAUUCUAUCGUUUGCUACAUAAUUAUAUAUGUAUAUGAUACUUUUAUAAUGAAGUUUUGAUUUUUUUAAACUUUAUAGAUCUGGAAGAUACUUUAUAUAUUCUAUUUAAUAUUCUAUGAACCAUAAAACAAACUAAAUACGUAAAGCAGUGAUUGAUGAUUAUAAAUUUUAAAUAACUUUUUUAGCUUUAGCGUCAUUUAAUAAUAAACAAUCGUACUACAAAAAAAACAGGAUAUUAAAUAAUUAAUAAUAAUAAUCACAAAGGUCUGCAUGGAUGAUAUUCCCAACGAUAAAGUCAUCGACAUAUUAGUAUACAAUAAAUACGCCUCAUGUUAAUUAUAAAAUUAUACAUAUAUAUAUACACAUUAUAUAUAUGUAUAAUGUUAUAAAACAAAUAAAAAUCUUUAUAAUCAUAAAGUACAAUACUUGUACGCUUUAAUGGGUGAUAAAAUUAUUAAAUAUAAUACUGAAUACUGCACUGAAUUCCUUGUACUAAGUAUGAACAAUAAAAAUAUAUUGAA